AAAAUUAUCAAUUAGUUCUUCUUCUUCUUCUUCAUUUGCUGAUGUGUCGCUCUGCUUUGAGAUAGAGAGAAGCGAGAAGGGGAGAAGGGGUCGAAAAUGGCGGUGGCCAUAUCAUCAAGUACAAGCUUGAUAUCAUCGGCAUGGCAAGCGACUCUUCAGCAUUAUAAUAAUCCCAGAGAUUAUCCACUGAUUCCCCCGUGUCACUCUAAUCCUAAUCCUAUUUCCAAUUCUUUUAAUUUCAAAAGACGUCCUUCUUCUUCUUCUUCUUCUUCUUCCAAAUUUAACGACCAUGCCCUCUCUUCUUCUUCCUCCUCCAAGCUUUUUCCGAUUCCAACCCUUUUCUCCUUCUCUGGCUGUGGAUGCUCGUGGAUUCAGGACAAAUCAAUGGUUCAUGAUUAUGCUACAAGUUAUGGAGGGGCCUCCAACAAAUGCUACUCGUUACCAACAACAAAAACAGUUGAUGUCUCUUCAGUCUCUGAUCUUUUUGAAUUCAUAUGCUCCGGUCCUCUCGUUGACAAGAUUGGUAUUACUCCUGAAAGAGUUGGCCUUUCUAUUGACAAAUGGUUACUCUACGGCUCACAACUCUGCAGACUCUUUCAGCUUAAUGAGCUUAAGCUCACUAUUCCUCAGAAAGCUAGACUAUACCACUACUAUAUUCCUGUUUUUAUGUGGUGCGAAGAUCAGAUUGCUCUCCAUAACUCCAAGUUUCAUGAUGGAGAUGAUGAUGUUCCUCCAUUAGUGAUUGGAUUUAGCGCGCCUCAAGGAUGUGGCAAGACUACACUUGUGUUUGCACUUGAUUAUCUUUUCAAAACUACAAAAAGGAAGUCGGCGACAGUAUCAAUAGACGAUUUUUACUUGACUGCACAAGGUCAGACUGAAUUGCGAGAAAAUAAUCCAGGGAAUGCACUUCUAGAGUAUCGUGGAAAUUCAGGAAGCCAUGAUCUGCAACUCUCUGUUGAAACACUAGAAGCCCUAACUAAACUGACCAAAGAAGGCAUGAAGAUGAAGGUACCUAGGUACGAUAAGUCUGCCUAUAGUGGGAGAGGUGACAGAGCCGAUUCAUCAACGUGGCCUGAAGUUGAAGGACCUCUUACGGUUAUUCUCUUUGAGGGAUGGAUGCUUGGUUUUAAGCCUCUUCCAGCUGACGUUGUUAAAGCAGUUGAUCCGCAGGUUAUCUCAACUCCCUUUGAAACCAUUGAGUCGCGCAGUACAACACAUGCUAUAAUGAAAAACUCUCUUCUCUUUCUGCAGCUGGAGAUUGUGAAUAAGAACCUUGAAGCGUAUUAUGACGUAUGGGACAAGUACAUCGAUGCUUGGGUCGUCAUCAAAAUCCAGGACCCAAGUUAUGUAUACCGGUGGCGUCUUCAGGCGGAAAUCGCCAUGAGGCAGGCUGGCAAAGCUGGGAUGUCGGAUGAAGAGGUGAAUGACUUUGUGUCGCGGUAUUUGCCGGCGUAUAAGGCCUAUCUUCCAACUCUUUACGCGGAAGGACCAAGCGGCUCGGACCCAGACCGUGUCCUUGCGAUAGAUAUCGAUGAAGAAAGGAACCCGAUACUUGAAAACUGACAAAGAUGCUGUCUCCAUUGCCUUAAAAUGUAUUACUCUUUGUAUCUAAGAGAGAGUAAACACUACGCCACACGUUGUUCUUCCAUCUAUCUUUUGACAUGCUAUUUGUUACAGUACUAUACUGCACAUAUAUUAUAUAUAUAUAUUUUUUGAUAAUUUAA